GAGAUCCUGCGCGAGAUCGGCGCCAAGUUGGCGGAGAUCCAGAACGAGGGCCUCGGGGAGCACUGCCUCCGAGACCUCAACGACGAGAUCAACAAGCUCCUCCGCGAGCGCAGCCACUGGGAGCGCCGCAUCCUCGAGCUCGGAGGCCGCGACUACUCUCGGAGCUCCAACGCCGCCCUGAUGACCGACCUCGACGGCAACAUCGUCGCCAUCCCCAACCCCUCGGGCCGUGGACCAGGCUACCGCUACUUUGGCGCUGCCAAGAAGCUCCCCGGCGUCCGCGAGCUAUUUGACAAGCCACCUGAGGUCCGCAAGCGCGGCACCCGCUACGGGGUCCACAAGCGCAUCAAUGCCGGCUACUGCGGAUACUAUUACUAUGACCACGAGGACGGUGCGCUUGAACCCCACGAGGCUGCUGCUGAGAAGCGCAUGCGGCACGAACUUGUCACGGAGUGGCACCGUGUGGAGCAUGAGGCCAUGAAGAAUGUGGCGAGUGGCUGCAAGUGA